CCUCUCCACGCUCCAGACCUGAGGCCACAUCAGCGGGCUGAGCGCAUCUCCUCCCCGGUGCUGAUCAUCUGUGAGCGGCCAGAGGGAUCACCGUGCAGGCUGGAGGAGGAGGAGGAGGUGAUGGAGCACUCCUGUUAAAGUUCAGCUCCAAGAGAAUCUAUCGGUUCCCUCCUCCCUUCUGCAUCCGCCUCAGAGGCCAUGGGCUGCGGCUUGAGGAAACUGGAAGACCCGGAGGACAGCAGCCCGGGGAAGAUCUACUCCACCCUGAAGAGACCACAGGUGGAGACCAAAACCGAGACGGUGUACGAGUACGUGCUGCUGGACUUCAGCCUGGAAGGUAGUCGUCCUACGGUGCAAUAUGUGGCUUCACUUUCCGAGCUGCCCCAGGCCCUGCAGCCUUACUACACCCAAGGCUACGUCCUGGCCGCCUUGCACCCCAUCAUCCUGUCUGUGGGGCGAACCCGCUCACUCCCCUUCAGUCUGCUCUACCGAGCCAUCUUGGCCCGUCCCAGAUCCAGUAAGCAGAUGGCGUCCAUGUGCUACAGCGUGCCGAUGUUGAAGGUGGAGGAGUGGCCGUUACCUGGAGAGUCACUGACGGGGGACACGGUCCGAGCGCUCAUCGACAGGGUGAACAGCAGCGCCCGGGGGGGCGUUCGUUUCGUUGGCUCGGUCCUCCAGCAGGUGAGCGGGAUCACCAACGGCCGGGUGCACAGUCCUAAGAGGAGCUGUCGAUCUCCUCCACACACCCCUCCUCGUACUCCGCCCGGAGACAGAGAGCUGGAGGAAAACACCUACAGUCCUGACUUGAGGUUGCUGGUCUUCUUCCACUCCUGGCCUCCGGGCUGUGCUCCUCUGGACUCGCUGGCCUGUCAGUACCACCAGGGGGCGCUCUCCAUGCGCGUUUCCAGGAAGGGCCAGGUGGUCAGCUCUCUGGAAGCGGAUUGGCUGGAGCUGACGGCCGCCUACUACCGCAAAGGCUGGUCGCUGGUGGACUCCUUCGUCUACUGGGACACACCUAAAGGCGAGCCGGUGCCCAGAUCUCUGGAGGGAUUGUUUGUGUACGAGGAGAGAAGCACCUCUCCACCUGCCAACGACACCAUCGUCGUAGAGCAGUGGACCGUCAUCGAGGGCACCAAUGUGAAAACGGACUACGGGCCUCUCCUUCACACUCUGGCCGAGUUUGGUUGGCUGCUCACCUGCGUGCUGCCGACUCCCAUCAUCCGCCACGACAGCGAUGGGAAUCUGGCCACGAAGCAGGUGGUGUUUCUCCAGCGGCCGGUCAGAAGUCAGGCGUCGGGACAAACGAGGAACCAGGCUUUUUCCGUGCAGGGCGACGUGUCCAGCCGCUCUGUGAGUCGAUCGGUCAGCAGCCCCGUCCCUCUGGAGGAGCUGUCUCCGACCGCCGGGGGCAUCGGGGGGUUCCCCGUGUUCGGAGGGUUGGGGUAUCCCAGCGCCCUGUCCCACCUGGAGGAAGGAGGCUUUGAGCAGGAGGAGGGCAAAGCUGAAGUCACCUGCAUGUGAGCCGGACGGAGGCGGACUUAAAACGUUGAGGAUUUUAAAAAAAACCUUGUUGGAUUACUGACGGAAAAUCACCCGAACUCAGAGGGGGAAAGUCCAGACUGUUCUGUAUCCAUCGUGUUCCUAAUCUACUUCCUGUUAACAAAGACUUUUAAUGCAGAAGAACUCUGCACUUUUAUACAAAAAAAAACAACCAUGUUUUUAAUGAAGCCAUAAUGAGAAUGAGGUAUUAUUUACAUCUAUGUACACACUUUAAACACCUCAUGGGAGACACUUAAAUCCAUCUUUUUUUUUUUUUUUUUUUAAGGUCAGUUCAGGUGCUCAUGGGAAAUCACAAUACUAUAAAGCACAAGCACAGGUUUCUGGUGGUGAAAUGAGGGAAAGGGGCUCCACUUUGUUUUUGACAGAGCUCACAUCUUACAGUUUUAAACACAUUUUUUUUUAUGUCCAGUCGUCUUUUCUAAACCUGUUUACUUUUUCCUGCCAAAUGUUUCAACACAUCCACGUCACACGUCCCUUCCUGUGUGUCAAAGUAAAAGCUCCUCUCCUCUCUUAUAGGCUGAUUCAUAUGAAUAUUUAUCAGGGAGUUUUCCUGUGUACAACAGCAUUUCUCUGAGGAGGGUUUUAGAGUUCUGGUGCUAUUGGGAAGCUUUUCAGUGAGACAUUUCAUAUCAGUGUUAACUUCCUCCUCAUGUUUAAUCUGACUGGUGCCAUUUCAUAAUCUGGAAACUGUUGUGUCUUAUCAGGCAAACAUUUUAAGUAAUAAUUAAUCUGCCAUGAUAUGUUUUACUUUCUAUAUAUGGUACUGGCAAUGCACCUGCCUCUCUCUGUAAUACAUGAGGCUCUUCAGACAGGUCUCUGGAGAGGACUACUGCAUAUGCAAACAGAACAAAAGGUUUUAUGAAGUGUCGGUUUGUUCUGAAGACUACAAGUUUGAAAAUGAAAAAUAUCUGGAUGUUAGAAAUAAGACAGAAGUGAGCUCACCAGACCGCUGUGGCUCUUCUCUACUGUAGGCUUUAACUCCAGGCUACAUUAGC